UGUCCUAACGGAGUUGCCGUAGUACUUCCGCCUCUGGGCACAGAUCCAAGUGUUGUGGAGUUGCUAGGAGGAUUUUCCGUUUCGUGGCUUUUCUCUUCUCUCGACAACACAAUAAAUGUCAAUGGUUUCAAACCCUUAAAAUACCCGAACAGCCAUCAUUUUUCUACCGGGAGCUUCUCCAACUUCCUGCGGGGGAAACUGGGACGACACCCCGGUCAUAGCAGCUGUUAUCCAGCGGUCAUAGCAGCUGUUAUCCAGCGGGGACUGAACCUACGCAAGAAGUCAGGCCCCUGGCUAUGGCUCAAGAGCUAAUCAAAGAAGAGGGCAUUUUUUUUGAUGACCUCAACAAGUUGCGAGCCCUCGACCCAGAUGUCAGCCAAAACACCUCCGAGCUCAAGGAGGAGUGCAAAGAAUUUGUCACCAAAAUUGAACAGUUUCAGGACAAGGUGGGAGGUCUGAUUCAGCUGGUCGACGAGCUGGCAAAAGAAACCGAGGCGGAAAAGUUCAAGGUGAUUGGAGCCAGAAACCUGCUGAAGUUGGUGGCGAAGCAACGAGAAGCCUUGCAACAGCAGCUUCACGCUCUCAUCGCCGAGAAGAAGAUGCAACUUGAAAGGUAUUGCGUUGAGUGUGAUGCCUUGUCUAAAGUGGAGUCUGAACAGAACGAGUUCAUCAACCAGUUUAUUCUGCAAAACUGAGUCAAGAAGCCAGCCAGUGUUUACGUUGGUAUGUAGAGCGGCCAUCCCACAAGUUGAAGAUUCAAGUCCGACAACAGGUGCCCUCUAAGUCCAGUUGAACUAUACCCGGAGUAACACAAGGAACCUCUCCGGAUCUUCC